AUGGCAAUGUUCCCCUUAAGAAAUAAACCAUAUCCUUUGUACGUUGGCACUGCUGUGCUUUUGCUAGUGCUCUUGACCACACUCUCACGGCAUCAGAAAGUUCCAUUCCCUAGAGUUCCGGAUGUUCCAGCACAUAUACCCUUCACUAAAAGUCCUACGUGGAAUCCAGAUACCAAUGUAACUGCAUAUUCCACAUCAGGGAUGGUAGCUUCAGAUUCGGAGUAUUGCUCGCAAAUGGGAGUCGAUAUUCUGAAACUAGGUGGGAACGCCGCUGAUGCAGCAGUGACAACCUGUUUGUGCAUAGGCGCCACAGAUACGAUGUUUUCAAGUGGUAUUGGUGGAGGUGCCUUUAUUACAGCCAAAAAUUCAACAGGUGCUAUAAGUAUCGAUGCUAGAGAAAUGGCACCGGCAGGUGCAUAUUCGGAUAUGUUCAAAGGCCGUGAACACAAGAGCAUGUAUGGAGGCUUAGCGUCUGGUAUUCCUGGUGAACUAAUGGGAUUAUGGACCUUGUAUGAGUCACAUGGAUCGAAGAACGUCACAUGGCAACAGUUGUUAGAGCCUGUUGCAGAGUUUGUUGAGAGGGGUUGGCGUAUAGAUAAGAGGCUGGCAUAUGCAUUACAAAUUCAAAAAUCUGCAUUUGCGUAUUUUCGAAAAGAUUGGGACUUUGUCUUCAAAUCGGGGACAAACAAGUUGCUGGAGGAGGGAGACCUUAUGAAAAGAAAGGCAUUGGCGAAAACGUUAAGGUAUGUUGGGAAGAAAGGUGGUUUCGCUUUCUAUGAUGCAGAAGACUAUAUUGCACGUUCUUUAGCUGCAAAAAACCAAGAAUGGGAAGGGGUAAUUACCCCUGAUGAUUUUGGUAAAUAUAAGGUGGUUAUUCAGGAUGCUUCAAAACUAGAAAAUUUUACAGCAAAAAAUUUAACCGUAUACACAGCCAAUGGUGCUUCCAGUGGUCCUGCACUGAUCUACGGGUUAUCAAUCCUGAAUGAGUUUGAAAAUCCUGAUUUUCAUGAUUACGAUGUGGAGGAAACGCAUAAACUAAUUGAGGUGAUGAAAUGGAUGGCUUCAGCACGUUCGUACUUAGGAGACAUUGGCGUUUACAAUACUAACAAAACACAAAUGAGAGAUCAUGAGAAGAGAUACGCCAAAUUCAGAGAUCCAAAUCAUAUCAAAGAAGUGAAGGGCAGAAUCACUCAAAAAACACAUCCAUGGCAAGAGUAUGACCCAGCUUACGAACCGAAUGAUCCUAAUGGGACCUCUUCCUUAAGUGUGGUUGACUCACAAGGCAAUGCGGUAUCGAUUACAACAACCAUCAACUUACUAUUUGGUUCGUGUGUUCACGAUCCAGUAACAGGGGUCAUUUUCAAUGACGAAAUGGACGACUUUUCACUCCCGCAUACGAAAAAUGCCUUUGAUUUAGAACCAAGUGUUUUCAACUACAUCGAACCAUAUAAGCGUCCACUGUCUUCAUCUGCACAAUCCAUAAUCACAGACUCAGAAGGUAAUGUUGAAUUGGUCAUUGGUGCGGCUGGUGGCUCGAGAAUCACAAAUGCGGUGUUCCAGGGUAUCAUUAGGACAUUCUUACAGGAGAAAAACAUUACAGAUACAAUUGCAAAUCCAAGGUUUCAUCAUCAGCUCAUACCUGAUGUUGUGACCAUGGAAUCUCCACAGUCCGAUGACUUCAUAUCAUCACUGGAAAAUAAAGGGCACAAUGUUCGGUUGGAUAUACCCAGGUCUGCGAUGAAUGGUAUCAGGGUCCGAAACGGAGAAAUGUGGGGCCAAGGAGACUGGUGGAGAAAGUUUGGUGUAGCUGUAGGUGUAUAA